AUGCUAUUAUAUCAGUUGAAGUCACGAUGUGAUCAACACGCACCAGUUAUAGUGGUGGGACCAAGUAAUACCACCGCCAUGCAAGGAGACAUUGUUGUUUUCACAUGUGACACAAUUGGCGACCCUCCCCCUCAAGUCAUGUGGCAGAGGAAUGGUCGAAAUCUGCACACAAAUGGCCACUCAAGCUACAAAAUACUAGACAGUGGAUCCCUUCAAAUAGAAAAUGUGGGCCCCGCUGAUUACGGACUGUAUCAUUGUUCGGCAAAGAAUGAAAAAGGACUAGUGCACUCGGAAACAGCGCAUUUACAAGUUGAAGUGCCAGCGAAAGUGAAGGGAGGACGUACAGUGUACAACGUCACGUGGGGAGUGCCCGUAAUACUGGAGUGUACAGCGGAAGGGGAGCCCCCGCCAGAGAUCACGUGGUGGGAAAAUGGCGUUCCGCUCAAAAGCGAGGUCCCAACCUUAUCCCAUUCCAUGCUUACAAUCAACGCGACAGAAAGUACCAUGUACUUGUGCCGAGCAACUAACUACAUCCGCAGUGCCAAUUACACAGUCACAGACAGCAAAGACUUCCAUAUUUUCGUCCUGACAAAGUCAGAUAAAGAGUCCGAGCCAGCCCUGUCCAGUAUUCGCCGUCCUCCACUAGAUACUCCUCAGGGGUACUGCUCCCUCUACACAGGCGCCACCUGUCGGAAGUACCUGGGGUCAUACGGCCUGGUGUACUACAAUUUUAGCACAGAUGGUUCCGCCCUCCCCAUAAACGAGCAGAUUACGCAAGGUCUUUGGGAAGAAGUGAUAUCUUCGCUACUGGAACCUUGCAGAACUGCUGCAGAGACGCUUCUUUGUCACUAUGCGUUCCCUAGCUGCGAGUGGGUCGAUGGAUUUGCCUACAGCAAACCGCUUUGCAGGGAGGAUUGUAUAGCCGUCCAAGACCUAUUUUGUUACAAUGAAUGGGCCAUGAUAGAAGAUAACAAACAGCGAGGCAUUUACUUCAAGUCCAGGGGACAUUUUCGUCUGCCAGAUUGCAGUUCUCUGCCCGAAAGAGGCAAUACCACUCACUCAACCAUUUGUGAUCAUGCUCAUUUGACGGAUAUACAAGAGGAUGAAGUUACAGAGCAUUGCGUCAGAGACAGAGGACGGUUUUACCAAGGCUCUAUAAAUGUCACAAAAUCUGGAAUACCAUGUCAAAGAUGGGAUUCACAGGAGCCGCAUCACCAUAAUCGACCCCCCAUGGUGUUCCCGGAAGUCCUUGGCUCGGAGAAUUAUUGCAGGAACGCCGGCGGUGAGGAGCCCAUGCCCUGGUGCUACACCAUUGAUCCCAGGAUCCGAUGGCAGCACUGCGACAUCGCCCGCUGUGAAAACAAUAGCAACUUGUUUUCUGCCGACUUGGAGCUGAUGGACUUGUUUGAAGCUCCACCUGAACCAGUUUUCUCUCCCUCAUUUAUCUUAAUAACCUGCGCCUUGAGUUUAGUGGUAGUUGCCAUGAUGAUUCUUCUGGUCCUCGGAUGUAGACGGUUGCAGAAGUAUCGCAGAGGCUACAACGCUACCCCUACAACCGACGUCGAAAUCGACCUGGAGAAGCUACCUUCCAACAUGGCCUACCACAGGACAUCUGCUCAACUAAACCCGAGGCUGGAGGUACUGGAGUAUCCUAGAAACGACAUCAUCUACAUCAGGGACAUCGGACAAGGUGCCUUCGGAAGAGUUUUCCAGGCAAAGGCUCCUGGACUGCUGAAGGGCGAGGAAUUCACCAUGGUUGCUGUGAAAAUGCUCAAGGAGGAAGCUUCGGAAGAUCUUCAGACUGAUUUCGAGCGAGAAGCUUGCUUGAUGUCUGAAUUCGACCAUCCGAACAUAGUUAAGUUGCUAGGGGUAUGUGCAGUUGGGAAACCUAUGUGUCUCCUUUUCGAAUACAUGGGGAAAGGAGACUUGAAUGAGUUUCUCAGAACAUGUUCUCCUACCAACUACAUAGUGAGAACAGCAAAUGGCGACAUCUAUAAUGACGUCAGAUUAACUCACAUGGACCUCCUAAACAUAGCACGUCAAAUAGCAGCAGGGAUGACGUACUUGUCGGAGAGGAAAUUCGUCCAUCGUGACCUGGCGACAAGGAAUUGCCUUGUUAGCGAAAACAUGGUAGUCAAAAUAUCAGAUUUCGGUCUUUCUCAGAAAAUUUAUACUGCAAACUACUACAAGGGUAAUGAUCACGACGCCAUCCCCAUACGCUGGAUGCCACUGGAGUCUAUCCUUUAUAACAAAUUUACAGUCGAAUCUGACGUUUGGGCGUAUGGCAUCGUUUUGUGGGAAAUAUUUUCAUUCGCCCUUCAACCGUACUACGGACUAACUCACGAAGAAGUUGUGAAAUUCAUCAAAGAAGGUAAUGUUUUACAAUGUCCAGACAAUACUCCCUUACCCAUAUACCAUCUGAUGAAAGCUUGCUGGAACCGCAAACAUUCCAAUAGACCGAGCUUUAAGACUAUUUUUAAAACUCUGGGUAUUAUUCAGGAAGAACUACAAAGGCAUGCUUACCAGGAGCAAAAAGUUCAUGUGUAA